ACAUGAUUAAAGAGGUGGAUUUGGACGGAGACGGCAAGAUCGACUACGAAGAAUUCGUCGCCGCUAUGUGUUCGCCGGCCCGUGACGUCAUCGAGGAGGAAGACGAGGACGAGCUGGACGAAGAAGAGGACGAGGCGACGACGACGACACCUGGCGGACUAACGGCGCAGUACGGAAGCACGCAAAACACGGCGACGAAGGCGACAGCGACGGGAAACUCUAGCAAGGGCUGCGGCAAUGUCGGUAGCCAUGUUACCGUGACGUCAUCGACGCGGACGAACAAGAAAUGCAUGAAGUCUGCCGAGUGACGGAAGCAGACGACUAUUGGGCGCUAACCAUUCCUAACAGAUACAAGGGGAGGGGGAAAUGUGAUGUAAUGUUGUAGAAAUCGCAUGGCGAAAAAAAGAGAUUUCCUUUCAAUGUAUAUAUAUAUAU